AGUGUGAUGGCGGGUCUCCGGUGAGGGCGCGCGGCGGGCGGGGCGUCCCGCCUGCGUCCGCCCAUGGCCCCGGCUCUCAGACUCAGAUGGGUGUUGCGGUGGUUGGUGACGGCUACGGCGUGGGGCGCGCUGUGUGGCGGCGGCCGUGCGCACACGCCAUCGCUCACGCCUGCGCUCACGCCGCCCUGCCCGACACACUGCAUCUGUCUGUCACAGUCGCAGGUGGUGUGCAACAGCGCGACGCUGCGCGGCGUGCCGUCGGCGCUGAGCGCGACCGUGACGCAGCUGUCGCUGUCGCGCGCCGACCUGCGCGUGCUGCGCUCCGACGCCUUCGCGCAUCUCCGCCAGCUGCGGCGCCUCGCGCUCGACGCGUGCAACCUCACGCGCAUCCGCCCCUUCGCCUUCCGGGGGCUCCCGCGGCUCCGCGAGCUCUACAUCCAGCACACACCACUCGCGACCGUUGACGCGUUCGCAUUUGCCGCUCUUCAAAAUAUUACAUCAAUUGUACUGACACACAACAGAAUCGCUCAAAUUGAGGGAUAUGCUUUUGCAGGAACUAAUUUCAUAAAGCUCAUUUCCUUACGUAAUAACCCCAUCAAACGAAUAUUAGCGCAUGCCUUUUCGGGGCUGAAUGACGUAGCACAGAUUGAACUCCCAUCAGGAAUAAGAUCUAUUGAGCCUCAAGCUUUUGCUGGGCUGGAAGGAGUCGGUGUACUGGAACUUGCAUACAUGGACUUGCCGGCGGUGUUGCCCGACACUUUUCGUGGACUGGUGCGGGUUGGCCGGCUGGCACUUCGAGAAUCUGAUCUAGGAAUAGUGCGAGUUGGAGCAUUUGAUGGUUUGCAGCGUGUCGAUACAUUAGAAAUAUGCAACAAUAAAAUCGAUGGAAUAGAGGAACUCUCUUUGAUACAAAACAACAGCGUUACCACAUUUAAAUUAACCGGUAACCACAUGCUAGAGACGCCGGAGGCGGUAAUUUUAGAAGUUGAGAAUAUAGUGAUACGUGGAAAUCAUGUGCCAUGUGAGUGCGGACGGGACCCUCUCACCAACCCUUUGGCCCUGACGCAAGAUUUCCCGGACGAAAAUUUUUGUAUAUCGCCCUUAAAAGUUCGGGGCCGCAGCCUGGGCAGCGUGGGUGCGGGCAGCGCGGGGUGCCGCGGCGAGGCGGGCGGCAGCGCGCGCGCGCGGGCCGCCGGCGCCGGCGCUCGGCCGCGCGACGUGCUGUCCUCGCCGCGCCUCGCGCUCGCCGCCGCCACGCUCGUCUUUCUCGCGAGUAGUUAGCCGCCCUCGGUGUUCAAUUAAGUGAGAUGUUUCCAGUUGUAAAUAUUGUAAUAUAUGCGAGUGAACAUAAUAAUGCGAAAUUUUACAUUGAAAGGGUCCGUUCAUUGUGUAUACGUUGGACCAUGAAUAAAAUUUGCCUUUGGAAAA